AUGAAGUUCGAAGGAACUCAUCUGUUUUCGGUGCUCAUCUCAUGGAGAAGUCUAAGUCGUUUCCUCUUGUCAAUGACGUUGUUGCUGGUGCUGCCGCGGUACACUUGUGUAGGUGCAGCAGCACAAACCAACAUCACCACGGACCAGUAUGCUCUUCUUGCUCUGAAAUCCCAUAUCCGUAGUGACCCAGACAACAUCUUGGCCAACUGGUCAACCAUCACCCCAGUUUGUAAUUGGGUUGGCAUUACUUGUGGUGCUCGCCACUCGAGAGUUUCAGUCUUAAACCUCUCUUAUAUGAGACUCACUGGCAUCAUUCCACCUCACCUCGGCAACCUCUCAUUUCUUAUUAGGCUGCUUUCCAUAAACAACAGUUUCCAUGGCCCCUUGCCCCAUGAAUUGUCUUAUUUACAUCGCCUCAAGUUUUUUAGCUUCGCAUUCAACAAUUUGGUGGGAUCCAUUCCAUUGUGGUUUGGGUCCUUCCCUAAACUUCUCAGCUUCAAUUUGAGUGGCAAUCAAUUUUCAGGUUCUAUACCCACGACCAUCUUCAACUUAUCUACGUUGCAAGUGAUUGAUCUAGACAACAACCAACUAUCAGGAGAGAUACCAAGUAAAAUUGGGAACUUAACAAGGCUGAAGAAGAUAUACCUGAGCUACAACAAAUUCACCGAAAUUCCAAACGAGAUCGGCUUUUUAGAUCAGGUGGAGCAUUUGUUCAUUCAGGUGAAUGCCCUAAAAGGUCAUGUUCCUGCCAGUGUCUUCAACAUGUCCUCUUUGACUUUUUUGACUCUAUAUGGAAACAGUUUGAGUGGCGGUCUUCCGGACAAUAUAUGCCAGCAUCUUCCUAGUCUUCAUGGAAGCAUACCCAAAUAUAUUGGCAACUUAACCCAAUUAACAACGAUUUUUCUUAACAGCAACAAUUUGACAGGCACUAUACCAAACGAGAUCGGUGAUCUUCAGAAUUUAGAGCUUAUAGCCAUCCAAAUUAACCAUCUAAAUGGCCUCAUCCCAGCCUCAAUCUUCAAUAUCUCCACGAUAACAGCCCUUGCACUUGGUUUCAAUAUGCUAUCAGGUAGCCUCCCAGCAAACAUAGGCCUUGGGGCUCCAAACCUACAACACCUUUAUCUAGGAGGAGGUGACCUCAGUGGAGUAAUCCCCAACCUCUCCAAUGCUUCUAUGCUCACGAAGCUAGAUUUGACCGAAAACUCAUUUACAGGGUUUAUUCCAAGCACGCUCUGUGCCUUGACAAACCUUCAGACAAUUAGGUUAUCAUUGAAUAAUUUGGCGAUUGAUACUUCGACUCCAGAAGCAACCACUCUCUCUUGUUUGGCUAAUCUCCCAAAUUUGACAACACUACAAUUGUCAUAUAAUCCUUUAAAUGUCACACUUGAUGAUUCCUCUCGGAAUUGCUCUACAUUGUCGCGGCUUCAAUAUAUUUUUUUAUCCAACUGCAGCAUAAGGGGUAACAUUCCCAUUGGUAUUAGCAACAUUAGCAGCUUGGUAACUUUAUCCCUGGAUGGCAAUCAAUUGAGUGGAUCAAUUCCAACUUCACUGGGAAGACUAGGGAAUCUCCAAGGUUUGUACUUGAAUUACAACAAAUUGCAAGGGUACAUCCCAUAUGAACUUUGUCAACUAGAUAAGCUAGUUGAAUUGCUUUUGGGUAGUAAUCAGCUCUCUGGUUCUAUACCUUCCUGUUUGGGUGAUUUAGCCGCAUCUCUAAGAACUCUAUCACUAGAGUCCAAUUCGUUGAGUUCCACAAUACCAUCAAAUUUUUGGAAUCUUGUUGAUAUCUUGCAUGUCAACUUGUCAUCCAAUUCUCUAAUUGGAUCUCUCUCACAAGAUAUUGGAAACUUGAAAGUUGUGGUAGAUGUAGAUUUAUCAAAUAACCAUUUAUUUGGUAUUCUACCAAGCACCAUUGGGGGUCUUCGCGAUUUGGUUACACUCUCUUUGGCAAAUAAUGAUUUGGAAGGCUCUAUUCCAAGUUCAUUUCAUGACUUGCUCAGCCUACAAUUCUUGAAUUUAUCCAAAAACAAUCUGUCUGGAGAGAUCCCCAAGUCUUUAGAAGCCCUUUUAGUUCUCAAGUAUCUGGAUUUGUCUUUCAACAGGCUCCAAGGACAAAUUCCAACUGGUGGACCGUUUCAAAACUUCUCUGCUCAAUCAUUUGUCUCAAACAGUGCAUUAUGUGGUGCACCCCGACUUCAUGUUCCACCAUGCAAAAAAGAUGUUGCAAUAAAGGUUUUCAGUUUACAGCUAGAAGGGGCAUUCAAGAGUUUUGAUAGGGAAUGUGAAAUCCUAAGCAAUAUUCGUCAUCGAAACCUUAUCAAAAUCAUCAGUUGUUGCAGUGAAAUUGAUUUCAAAGCCCUGAGGAUGAACAUAAUGAUAGACGUUGCGUCGGGAUUGGAAUACCUACACCAUGGUUAUUCAAUACCUAUAGUCCAUUGUGAUUUGAAGCCGAGCAAUAUACUACUAGAUGAUGAUAUGGUUGCACAUGUUGCUGAUUUUGGAAUUGCAAAACUCUUGGAUGGAGGAGAUUCUAUGACCCAAACCAUGACCCUAGCCACAGUUGGGUAUAUGGCUCCAGAGUGUGGAAUUGAAGGAAUAGUUUCAAGAAGAGGGGAUGUGUACAGUUUUGGAAUUCUAGUGCUGGAAACAUUCACAAUAAGGAAGCCAACAGAUGAGAUGUUUGAUGAGGAAAUGAAUAUAAAGCAAUGGGUUGCAAACUCACUACUACUACCAGAUGCAAAGAUAGAUGAAGUUGUGGAUGCCAAUUUGCUUGGGAUUGGGACAGAGCAGGAAGAUGAUGAUCAUGUGAGAAAGAGGAAUUGCUUAUCAUCCAUUAUGCGAUUAGCUCUUGCUUGCUGUGCAGAAUCACCAGAAGAGAGGAUAAGUAUGAAAGAAUCUGUAGCCACACUCAAUAAAAUCAAGAUGAAGUUUUCCAAGGACGCCGCAAAAGGUGUGGUGUUAAACCGUCCUCUUGCUCAGCGGUUCAUUUAA